CGUCCCAAACGGCUUCCUUAUCGGACAUUUAAUGCAGUCCCUAGCUGCAGCAUUAAGAACUAUGUAGUGCGCCUAUGUCGAGGAUCCGUUUGGGAUCGGACCAAAAAUAAACAGCAGAAGUAGGGAGGCUUUAGCGUUAGCUAACUGUGCUAAUGCGGCUGCAGUUCCUAGCCUUGUAGCAGCUGGAGCUAGCAUUAGUGCAGAUUGUUUUGGUUUAUUUUUAUAUCCACUUUGUAUUAAAAAAGAGGGAAAAAAGAUAAAAAAAAAAACCACACGCCAAGUGAUGGACUCAGACGAGGGUUAUAAUUAUGAAUUUGACGACGAGGAAGAGGAAUGUAGCGAGGACAGCGCCGAGGAAGAAGCCGACGACGACGCGCUGGACCUCGGCGAAGUCGAGCUGGUGGAGCCGGUGGUAGCCGAAGGAGAGCGGGACGGGUGCGAUGAAAACGGUGGCGGUGGAGGCGGAGGAGGAGGCGGCCUCGGGGCCGGCCGAGACGAAGAGGACUACCGCUACGAAGUGUUGACUGCCGAACAGAUCCUCCAGCACAUGGUGGAGUGUAUCAGGGAGGUGAACGAGGUUAUUCAGAAUCCGGCCACUAUAACCAGAAUACUGCUCAGUCACUUCAACUGGGACAAAGAGAAGCUGAUGGAGAGGUACUUUGAUGGGAAUCUGGAUAAAUUAUUUUCAGAGUGCCAUGUCAUUAACCCCAGUAAGAAGGCGAGGACGAGACCGAUGAGCACACGUUCGUCUAAUCACGACAUGCAUUGCCAGAUCUGCUACCUGAACUAUCCCACUUCGUAUUUCACAGGUCUGGAGUGUGGACACAAGUUCUGCAUGCAGUGUUGGGGGGAUUACUUGACCACCAAAAUUAUAGAAGAGGGAAUGGGCCAGACCAUCUCAUGUCCUGCUCACAACUGUGAUAUUUUGGUUGAUGACAACACUGUAAUGCGAUUGAUCACUGACUCGAAAGUGAAGCUGAAAUACCAACAUCUAAUCACAAAUAGUUUUGUAGAGUGUAAUAGACUUUUAAAAUGGUGUCCGGCUCCUGACUGCCAUCAUGUGGUUAAGGUCCAGUACCCCGAUGCCAAACCAGUGCGCUGCAAAUGUGGGAGACAGUUCUGCUUCAAUUGUGGAGAGAACUGGCAUGACCCAGUGAAGUGUAAGUGGUUAAGGAAGUGGAUAAAAAAAUGCGAUGACGACAGCGAAACAUCUAACUGGAUUGCAGCAAAUACAAAGGAGUGUCCCAAGUGCCAUGUUACCAUUGAAAAGGACGGAGGUUGUAACCACAUGGUUUGCCGUAACCAGAACUGUAAGGCGGAGUUCUGUUGGGUGUGUUUGGGUCCUUGGGAACCUCAUGGAUCGGCCUGGUACAAUUGCAACCGCUACAAUGAAGAUGACGCGAAGGCGGCCCGAGACGCCCAGGAGAGGUCCCGUGCAGCACUGCAGCGCUACCUGUUCUACUGCAACCGCUACAUGAACCACAUGCAGAGUUUGCGCUUCGAGCACAAGCUGUAUGCACAGGUAAAGCAGAAGAUGGAGGAGAUGCAGCAGCACAACAUGUCGUGGAUCGAGGUGCAGUUCCUGAAGAAGGCGGUGGACGUCCUGUGCCAGUGCCGAUCAACGCUCAUGUUCACCUACGUCUUUGCCUUCUACCUCAAGAAGAACAACCAGUCCAUCAUUUUCGAGAAUAAUCAGGCUGACCUGGAGAAUGCCACAGAGGUGCUUUCAGGCUAUCUGGAGCGAGACAUUUCCCAGGAUUCCUUGCAAGAUAUCAAACAGAAAGUCCAAGAUAAGUACAGAUACUGCGAGAGCCGACGGCGGGUUCUGCUGCAGCACGUGCACGAGGGCUAUGAGAAGGACUUAUGGGAGUAUUUAGAGGACUGAGGGAGGUUCCUCGAAUCACAAACUCUCUCCGAGGAGGAACGUUCAGAAAGCGCUCUCGGCCACCUCCACACAUCUUCUACAUACUGCAUCCGUUUUUGUUUUUUUUGUUUUUCCUGCCUGUUCUGUUUGUUUUUAUGGAGAUUCUAAAUUAAUUUUAUUCUAAUAAAAAGGUAGCUUUAUUAAAGACAAAACCCCAA